AUGGUUGGAAAGCAGACAGAGGUCGCCGUGAUCAAGUACGACGCUGCUGGCGCCGUCGACGUGCCCAUCCUCCCCUACGCCUCAGGCAACGACACCCUGCACUUCCAUAUCCAGUACAGCCCCCCAGCGUCCAACCUCACCACACGAAAGCCGGGCUACCAGGCUCACAUCCACUUCUUCGCCGCGGAUAGGGAAGGAAUUGAGUUGAGCAUGCAGAACAUGAUCAACCCGAAGGGCCCGCCUGCAUCUCGGGACCACGCAACUGCUAUCUCCAAGGCCGUGAGUGUCGCCAACAAUCUCUUGCAGACCGUCCUCAAGCGCGCACCCUCGAUCGGCCGGCCCAUCAUUUCCAGCACCGAAAAGGCCCUCCCGGGACCCAGCUCGCGCGUGCGAGUUCUGCUCGACAAGGCUAGCACAACUACUGUCGUUACAGCGUGGCUGAUGAGGAAGCGCGUGAUAGAUGGUGGUACAGGACCGAAAGUAACAGUGGAUGACGUCUGGCCAGGGCUGGGCGGCGAGACGCCCACACCAGGCCUCUACAAAUGUCUGGACGUGGAUGGACCAGAUGACAUUGGCCGCAGUUUGUAA